GUCGAUUUUACAGGUAACACGUUUCAAGCUUACUAUAUUGCAGAUAUGUCCACAGACAGAACUUUCAUACAAGAUCAGGACAAACAUCAUGGGCUACGAAUGAAAAGGACAGAACGUUGUGAAUGUGUUAAAUUCGAUCUGACAACAUUUUAGUUAUAGCCCAGCGUGUCAGCUUACUGUUGGAGGAAAGGCCUAAGUGCCGCAGGUGUUGGAUUUUUUCUACUUUUGAGAAAGUCACUGGAAUAUCGCUGACCGACCGAGGAUCUAAACCAUUGUGAAUACAUCAUGUCGCGCAUGCCUCUGUGUAGUACCGUGAGCAAGUGGGUUCCACGACGAUGGUGGCAUGCAUUUAGUUUAGGGCUCGUCACAUAUAUCGUCUGUACUUUUGUAUUCACUGGAUAUUAUUUCCAAUCUCAUCAAAAAGCCACUGACUCUGAAGCAAAACCAUCGGAUGCGUUUUCUCGGUUCGUCAUUAGCAGUGGUAGUGACGCCAAACAACCUGUCAAGAAGCAAGACACUGUUAUGGAACAGUCGUUGGUCAAUAAUGGACACAAACGAAAUGCUGCAUUGGUUGUGAAACAUAACCAGUCAGAAGCAAAAUUAAAAGAUGAUGAUGACGACAGCGACGACGUUGAGGAUGGUGAAAAACCCAGAAAAGCUGCUGCAGAGCACAAACGCAACAUUAAAAAAGAUAUGAAUCAAGAAGUUAUUUCACAACCAGAAGCGAAAGACCAGCAAUAUCCGCCAUUAGUGUUUAAUGACGCGGGACCAGGACAGAUGGGGGAACCCGUUUUCAUCGACGAAAAGAAUCUGGAUGGAGAAGAAAAAGGAAUUUACGAAGCUGGUUUCUCGAACAAUGACUUCAAUGAAUAUGCAAGCAAUUUGAUAUCUGUGGAUAGAAGGCUUCCCGAUAUGAGAGACCCUCUAUGUAAAAAUCUGACAUACACGGGUGUAUUACCGGAUACCAGUGUGAUCAUCUGUUUCCUGAACGAGGCUUGGUCAGUUCUCGUGAGAAGUGUGCACUCUGUGAUCAACAUGACACCUCCACAUCUACUAAGGGAAAUAAUUCUUGUCGACGAUGGUUCGAGUCAUGAAAAUCUGAAGAAACCCCUUGAGGUUUACAUGACGCGAUUUCCGAAAGUGAAGAUCCUCCGGAACAUGCAGCCAGAAGGACUGAUGCGGUCACGCAUAUUGGGAGCUAAAGCCGCUUCAGGGAAAGUCUUAACAUUCCUUGACUCACAUAUUGAAUGCACGACAAACUGGUUACCUCCCCUGCUGAUGAGAAUACGUGGCAAUUCAACAAGAGUUGUUUGGCCAGCCAUACCCGGUAUUGAUAAGAACACGUUUGCAUUCAAGACAAAUGUGGAUGCUAAAGUUCUUCAAGUUGGAAUAUUUACCUGGUCGUUGGUAUACACUUGGGAAACUCCUCGUCUAGAGGACAGAGCAACGCCCAUCUCCCCGGUGAAGAGUCCUACCAUGCCAGGAGGACUGUUUGCAAUAGACAAGGAUUUCUUCUUUCAUGUUGGGACGUAUGAUGACGGUAUGUCGUUCUGGGGAGCCGAGAAUGUGGAAAUAUCAUUUCGGAUCUGGAUGUGUGGAGGGACAAUCGAGCUGAUACCUUGUUCUGUAGUUGGUCACAUCUUUCGGUCCAAAAACCCCAACAGUGGUGGCGCCAACACCGGCAAGUGGCUGCGGAACACACUGAGAACAGCCGCAGUGUGGCUAGACGAGUACAAGCAUUUCUACUCUAGGGUGUCAGGAAGAAAACUGGUUAACUACGGGAAUGUGUCGGCGCGUCUACAACUCAGACAACAACUCAAGUGUAGAAGUUUUCAGUGGUAUUUAGAAAACGUCUACACAACAGUUUUCUUACCGACAAGAGCAAAGCUUAGUGGCCUUAUUCACAGCAAGCAUGACUCGUCUUUCUGCUUGCACGGCGAAAGUGAUCACAUUAACAGACUUGUUCUUGUGCGGAAAUGUGAAAAGAAGUAUUUUCAUAACCAAAUAUUUUAUGUCAUGCCAAAUGAUGAACUGCGACUCAUAGCAAACUGCAUGGACAUAGGGAAAGGUCGCCCGAUUCUAUAUCCCUGUCACAGAUUAAAAGGCAAUCAAGAAAUUCGUUAUACCGAGAAUCGAACAAUCUACCACCCUCCAUCAAAUACGUGUCUGACGUGGCUAGAGCAUUCAGAUAAACUUGACCUCCGGGCUUGUGAUGGAGGUAAUAGACAGGAGUGGUUUUGGGAAAAUAUUCUCUGGACCGAGGUGUAGAGGACGGUGCACGGUCACACACUGACCAGCAACUACCUCUAUUGAUGAUAUAUAUACCAAAAAUGCCAACGUAAUCAACAACAGGUCGAUAGUGUAGAAACAUAUCAACGAAAUUGAGAAAAGCGCGUAGAAUAUAUAGAGAAUAAUAUCCAUGCAUCGUGAUUUAUAGAAGCAUCAAUACAUUGUGCAAUACAUUAAAUGCGGCUUGGCAAGUGUGACGUAUCUGGAUAAAUCACUGGAAAAACUGGCUCUCUUUCCUGACCUUUCAUCCUUGGAAACUUUGAAAGAUAAUAUUUCCAAACAAGGACAUUUUCAAGCCAUGUGGAAAUAUGCAGCCUGAACAUUUCAUACAAAUAAUGUGGUGUCAUAUCAGAUUCUGUGUUAAAUAACAUACAUAUGUUGUGAAACAGACGCUUAUCUGCUAUUGGUGGUGUCAUUCGCCUAAAAAAAAAAAUUCAAAUAGCAAGAUAUGGCGCUAUUUAUUGUUUCCACUAACACCUUUGUUAACAUCGAUGUCCAAAGCAUAA